GGUUACUGUUGAAUCAAACCUUUAUAGUUUUUAUACACAACUCUGUUUUAUUCUUUUACUUGUCAACUCGACUUAAUGUCAUUCUCUCUCCAUAAAAUAAAAUGUUCAUUGUUUUACUUUAAUUAUCGUUUAUUUUAAAAUUCACAACAGUUACUAGUAUAGGCUUUGCUUUUUACCCCGAAAUAUCCUAAAUCCUGGUAUUUUUUAAAUUGUCUUUAUCAUCCAAAAUAUCAGCUAUUUUUCCCUAAAAAAGGGAGAAUUCCCUAAAAGUGGAAGCACUGCUUCAAAGUACGCUACAUUUUUUAUUGAGUCAGAACUCAUAUCUGCCAUCUAGUGAGUUUAUUAGAUCAUUAAUGCCUAAAAGUUACAAAAAUGACGUCGCCACAGGAGUAAGAUGACGCUAGUUGUAUGUUAUUUUCCUUUGUAUGGGAGUUGCACCCCCCUGUGCUGUCGGCAUAUCUGUCAAAGUACAAGUACUUAGAUGUACCUAAACUUAAUUUAAAAUAAAUUAACAUAAGUGAAAUUACUAGGUACAUUAAUAAAUUCAAUAACUUAUAGUUAACAUCAAUUAUGGAAACAACUGUGGAUGGCCCUUCAGCACCAAAGAAGAAGCUUAAAACUUGCGCUCAGGUGGCCACGAAUGUCGUCGAGCAGAAGCAUCAAGUGUCCAGGGCCAAGAGGAGCAGAGCUCUUGGAAGCAGAGCGUUCAGGGGUAGCACCGUCUGGUUCACGGGGCUAAGCGGCGCUGGUAAAACCAGUAUUGCCUUCGCUCUUGAAGCCUACUUGGUCUCCAAAGGAAUCCCGGCUUACGGCCUCGAUGGAGACAAUAUCAGGACUGGUCUGAACAAAAAUCUUGGUUUCACGAAAGAAGAUCGCGAGGAGAACAUACGGCGUGUUGCCGAAGUUGCCAAGCUGUUUGCAGACAGCGGCGUCGUUUGUCUGUGCAGUUUUGUGUCGCCAUUCGCUGAGGAUCGUGAAGUGGCUCGUCGUAUUCACACGGAUUCCGACCUUCCGUUCUUCGAAGUGUUCAUCGAUACUCCUUUGGAGGUAUGCGAACAGAGGGACACUAAAGGGCUUUAUAAAAAAGCAAGAGACGGCCAGAUUAAGGGUUUCACGGGAAUAACCCAGGAGUAUGAGCGUCCCGAAGCCCCCGAGCUGAUCGUGUCCACCGUGGGACGGAGCAUCGUGGAGUCCACAAUGGACGUCAUCCGACUGCUGGAGUCCCAGGGUAUCAUUCCGAGCCUCGAGAGCAACCGUUCUGGAGUUGAAGAGCUCUUCAUCCACGGGAACAGGCUCACCAGCGCCAUCGAGGAGGCGGCCCGGCUACCACAGAUUGAACUGACGACACUCGAUUUGCAAUGGGUUCAGGUUUUAUCCGAAGGAUGGGCGUAUCCUUUAAAGGGAUUUAUGCGGGAAACCGAGUACUUACAGGCGCUUCAUUCGAACUGCGUUACGCUGCCGGACGGGUCGCUAGUGAACCAGUCGGUGCCGGUGGUGUUGCCGGUGUCGGCCGAGCUGAAGGAGCGGCUGGCGGGCGCGGCGGCGGUGGCACUCACGCGCGGCGGCCGGCCCCUCGCCGUGCUGCGUGGCCCCGAGUUCUACCCGCACCGGAAGGAGGAGCGGUGCUCGCGGCAGUUCGGCAUAUACCACGCCGGUCACCCCUACAUCAAGAUGAUCAAAGACUCCGGUGACUGGCUGGUAGGCGGCACCCUGGAGGUGUUCGAGCGGAUCCGUUGGAACGACGGCCUGGACUCGUACCGCCUCACCCCCAACGAGCUCAGACAGAAGUUCAAGGACCUGGGGGCUGACGCCGUGUUCGCGUUCCAGUUGCGGAACCCGAUCCACAACGGGCACGCGCUGCUGAUGCAGGACACGCAGCGGCAACUGGUCGAGAGAGGAUUCAAGAAACCCGUGCUCUUGUUACAUCCGCUCGGCGGUUGGACGAAAGACGACGACGUGCCUCUAGAAGUGAGAAUAAAACAACACAAAGCCGUGCUAAAGGAGGGAGUCUUGGAUCCUAACUCCACUGUCCUGGCCAUUUUCCCGUCCCCUAUGAUGUACGCCGGACCCACUGAGGUGCAGUGGCACGCCAAGUGUCGCAUGAACGCCGGCGCCAACCACUACAUAGUGGGGCGCGACCCGGCCGGCCUGCCGUACCCGCGCGGCGACGGCGACCUGUACGACCCGCGGCACGGCGCCAUGCUGCUCAAGGUCGCGCCCGGACUCAACGACCUGGAGAUAAUUCCGUUCCGCGUGGCCGCCUACGAUACGUCGGUGGGUAAGAUGGCGUUCUUCGACCCGACGCGCAAAGAGGACUUCGACUUCAUAUCCGGAACGAGGAUGAGAGGGCUCGCGAAGGCCGGCAAGGAGCCUCCGAGGGGCUUCAUGGCGCCGACCGCCUGGAACGUUCUCGCCGAGUACUACCAGUCGAUGAAAUCCAAAAUGGAUACGAAUUAACGCACGAAAACAAAUACGUAGUUCAUAAGAUGAUCCCCCGUUGAUCCGUGAAAUCGCGGAUAGUAAAAACAGAAUUAACAAAAGGCGCUCUCUGAUCACGAUUUGAAAUGAACCUUGUAUCGGCUUGGCGGCCUUAAUAUAAAGGUGAAAAUCGCAUAUCACUAAUUUUGCGACUUAGGAUUGAUUAUACGUUGAAUGUCAAUUUAAUUUACCAAAAAUGGUAUCAUUGAAAUUUUGAAGUACUUCAUGAUUCUGAGAUUUGGAAAGUACAAACAAUUGGAAUUGUUUUUAUUUUUCUUCUGUACUAACAAUAGUUUGUGGUUUUCAAUUCAUAACUACGUCACGUAAUAAAUAGAUAUUUACUUUUAGUUUUAAUUUCGCAUUUUUUUAUUGUGUUUAUGCUAUUUUAUUAUUCAUCUCGAAUACUUUAUAGUCUACGUCACCACAUCAGAAUCAUAGUUGUAUUUACCACUAGCGGAAAUCUAAGAAAGUAUUAUGUUAAAAUAUUUACUAUUUUAUAUAAUAUAUUAACAUAAUAAUUAAUAUUUAUAUUAAUAAUUAAUAUUAAAGAAAAAUAUUACGUUCAGUUCAUUUUUGUGUUUAGACAGCGCCUUAAUUGAUUCUUUAAAAAAACUUUAUCAAAAGGAUAUUAUUCGGCUGUUUUGAAUUAGUCAUUACACAUUUUAAUUUAUUGUAUAUUAUUGACGGUAUAUGUCGAUCGCUGCUACAAUUUCAGUAUUGAAUAUAGAAGCGUAUUUUAUUAUAUAGAGCAUACGGUGAAAUUUAUUGAUACACACAUUUGUAAUCAAGUAUUUUAGGAGAUUAAACCAAACCCAAAGCGUUUGUGUGAUCUAAGCUAUAAUUAUAUUAUAUUUUAUAUUGAAAACUUGAAUAUGGGGUAGUGUAGUGCUUUUUUUUUUGUCGAUAUUAUAGAAUACUACUUUACAUAUUUUAAUUUUAUUUAAUGUUUGCUUAUAUAGCAAUAAAAUACUAGAACUGUUUAAAAUAACAAAGAUUUAUAUCUUCGUAGAAGAUUUGAGGCCGCCAGCGUAAAAGUCGCCUAAGCCACAAUUUUUCAUAUUCGUGCAAUAUUGUAAUUUAUUAAAAACAUAAUAAAUUUUGAUGCAAAACCGGCCGGCCAACCCGUAGUUUCGCCCAUAGAUAACAGAUGACUUUGUAAACAUUAUUUUUGCCCGUAUUGUAAUUGCCUACGAAACGGUGUUAAAGUAAAUUCAAACCUCAUUAUCUCCCUAUUAUGGAUAUGGUAAGCUUAGGCUACUUCUGUGCUAACCGCCUUAUUGUAGUCCACAAAGAAGCCGUCACAAGAGCACACGCUCUAAACUUAAACUGCGUUGAAAAAGGCGAAGAAAGAUGCGUGUGUCCUCAUCGAAUAAUAAUUAUUAUCUAUAUUAGAACGAAUUUAAAAGAGGCUAUUGCCACACCACAUAGAUAUCGGACCUUAUCUCAAGUCAUAUACGUCAAAGAUUUAUUAGUGGUAAUGCUCCGAACUAAAUUUACUUGCGGGGUUGCCAUACAACCCUAUUUCCCCUACUCAAUAGAAAACUUAUUGAGACUGGUUGGUAGGACCUCUUGUGAGUCCGCACGGGUAGGUACCACCUCCCCUCCUAUUUCUGCCGUGAAGCAGUAAUGCGUUUCGGUUCGAAGGGUGGGGCAGCCGUUGUAACUAUAAUGAAACCUUAGAACUCAUAUCUCAAGGUGGGUGGCGGCGUUGACGUUGUAGAUGUCUACGGUCUCCAGUAACCACUUACACCAGCUCGUCCAACCAUCUAAGCAAUAAAAAAAACACUAUAGUAUUGAUAAUGAAGUAAAAGUGGAUUGUGCUAACGACAUUGGCAGUGCCCACGAUUGAUGGUAAUCACUCGCCAUUAGAUGGGCCGUAUGCUUUCUCCUUCCCUCUCUCGUUAACUACGAUUAAUUUUGCUAACGCGUAACCCGGUUUCCUGUGACUCACGGUAUAUAACAUGCGAUGCAAACGUUUGUUGACAUUUUCAUUCGCACGUUCCUACGCUGGUGGUACAAUAAUGGAAACCUUCCCUGAAAUGACAAUAACAACUGUCCAAAAUUUGAUCUCAUGCGGUUAAUUCACAAGCAAUUACACAUAAAUAUGUAUUAAAAACAUCUUUAAAUUGAGCGCGUCGAAUCGGCCCAUUGCAAUCCAUUCGGUAAUGAAUCGAACAAGAAUGUGAAUGAAAUAAAUAUCUCGAUUUCACUAUGUGAUUAUUCGUGUUCACUACUUAAAACUCGGGUUUGGGGCGACGGAGAGUUAUCGGCACAUCUAGUUAUUUACUAAUGUAAUACAAUACUAUUACGUUAUCUUAAGCAAAUAAUAAAGGAAUAAAAACAUCAUAGAUAUGCUCGUCAUUUCAGUUCGAAUUUCGUAAAACACGAUCAGUGAACGCAGUGUAUGAGACCGUUGAACUCGUAUGUCGGUCGAUGGUAAAUUUGUAUUCCAUUGCGUGCAGUGUAAAUACUAACACGACCGCCUGCCUUCGGUUUAGGAACGGUUCUUUACUCUCGGUAUGUGAAGAAGACGGUUGAUAGAAGAAAUGAUAAACGAAAAAAAAAACAGUAGAUUUUAAACUCAAGUACUAGGUACAGUUGAAAAUACAAGUACAAUAUUAUCGCUAGUUUUAAUCCUUAAAUUCAGUCGGAUUGUUACGCAUUCUGAAAAGAAGUUUAUCUAUUAAGCGCGAAAAGGUUUUACGAAUUCUAAAAAAUAGUAUUGUAAAUAUAAAAUUUUAGAAGUUCUUCCUGUUAAUAAAUUAUAAGGUUAAUAAUAAAUUAUAAAGUGUUUAAUCACUGCAUUAUUUGCGAAUGAAAUCUGAUUUGUUUAACAUUCCUGUUGACUAUUGUACUCGUAAGAUUAUUUGUUAAACUAAGCAUUCCUACGAAAUGUUUUUGUGCAAUUUAUUUUGAUAUUAUUUUGCUUUGAUAUAUAUAUUUUUUUUAUGUAUGUAUGUAUGUAAUAUAAACAAUUCUACAACAUAUUGUUAAGUGUGGUGGGACACUUAUUUGAGUAUUUUAAUUUACGAUUUGUUAAAAUAAAUUAUGGUGCUUGUAAAGCUGUAUUUAAUAUUUGAAAAUAAACGACUUAAAUUUAAA